ACAAAAAAAUUUAGUCCACACAUCCAAACUCAACGUGAACCGCAGAAGAUGGAAAAGAGGGUGAGUCACAUGAGCUUUCUCAAAAGCUGACCACCAUACUAUUCUUCCCUCCCAACCCUCCAUCCAAUGGCUUCCACAGCUGCUCCGCAGUUUCUAUUAUCCAAUCCCAUCUUUGGAAAUCACCCAGCAAGAGGAGCAAAGUUUUUUCUCAGGAUAGGAACCACAAACUCUCAGUACACUACUCACGCCUCUCGAAGACCACCCCCUGGAGUUGACACAAGAAUCCAUUGGAAUAACGAAGAUGAAGGCUGGAUUGGAGGUACCAAGAAGAAUGCGGAGGAAAAACCCAAGAACCUUUUGGGUGAAAACUUUGCUGAUUUGCUUAGCAGUUCUUCAGGUUCUCAUUACGAAUUCUUAGGAGUUUCAGCGGACUCGGAUUUAGAAGAAAUUAAAGUAGCUUACCGAAGGCUAUCAAAGGAGUACCAUCCAGACACAACUUCCCUUCCUCUAAAAACAGCCUCAGAAAAAUUCAUGAGAUUAAGAGAGAUUUACAAUGUUCUUAGCAACGAGGAAAGUCGGAGAUUUUAUGACUGGACCCUUGCUCAAGAAGCUGCAAGCCGCCAAGCAGAGAAAAUGAAAAUAAAAUUUGAGGAUCCUUAUGAGCAAGAAGUGAAGAACUGGGAACCUGUUCCAGAUAUGGUUGACCGGCUAGGUGGAAGGAAUAUGAAGCUUAGUGAUCAAGCAGUUUCUGCCAUUACUAUUGAUAUUUUUAUCAUUAUUUUUGCCAUAUGCUGUAUCAUAUAUGUAAUUUUCUUCAAAGAACCAUAUUAGUGCUAUAACACUUAACCCAACUGGGACAUCAGUAUCUAGGAACUUGUAUAUGCAAUACAAUAGAA